AUGGCUACGACUAUUGUUGGCGCGGUGGUCGCGAGCCGGGCGCUGGAUGAUGUGGACCCCGCUUUGGCGGAGGAUGAGGCGGCGCUGCAGCAGGAAGGGCGGCGGCGCCGCAUGACCCUCGAGGAGGCGGAGCAGCUGCAGCUGUUGCAGCAGCAGGAGCAGCAGCAGCAAGCAGGGUCGCAGAGCUCCCCGAAGUGA